CAGUAAGAAAAGCAGAUAGGACAAAAGUCGGCCACAGAAUCCAGUCGUCUUUUGCUUUGGUUUAUUGUUUUGUUUUACACUACCCUGCCCCAAGCUGCGACCGUUAUUUUAUUGCCCAAAUGAUCGUUAAGCGCUGUUCUCAUUGUCUCAUUAAGUAACUCACUCUUCCUCUUAUAUCUCCACCCUCCUUGUUCCUCACCGAAUCAUUGACCUCUUGGAAGCCAUGGAAAAGAGCAGUUCUUCUUCUGAUCAGAAAUUAGAUACGUUGGAGGUUGGAAAUGGCAGUGACUUUAAAGUUCAUAUUUUUUCAUCAACAUCUGAGUUGCUUGAAAACCUGCACGAGAAGUGGAGUUCAGUGAAAAAGCAACCAUAUCCAGCAAUGUAUUCCAGUGUAUUUGGUGGAAUUAUUCUUGAUCCGGCCAUGAUGGUACUCCCAAUAGACGAUCACAUGGUUCAUCGGGGGCAUGGUGUAUUUGACACAGCUAUUAUAUUAGAUGGAUACCUCUAUGAGCUGGAUGUUCACUUGGACCGUUUUCUCAGAUCAGCUUCAAAAGCAAAGAUCUCCUCUCCAUUUCCUCGAUCAGUCCUUCGAAGCAUUCUUGUGCAACUGAGUGCAGUAUCUCAAUGCAAGAAAGGAAGUCUAAGAUAUUGGUUAAGUGCAGGUCCUGGGGAUUUCUUGCUUUCACCUGCAGGAUGCACAACAUCGACAUUCUAUGCUGUAGUCAUAGAUGAUGACUUCUCUCAGCACAAAGACGGAGUUAAAGUGAUAACAUCCACUGUACCCAUGAAGUCGCCCCAAUUUGCAACAAUGAAGAAUGUGAACUACCUUCCAAAUGUACUUUCAAAGAUGGAAGCUGAGGAGAAGCGAACAUUUGCUUCUAUUUGGGUUGAUGAUGAAGGUUAUAUUGCUGAAGGUCCAAAUGUGAAUGUUGCUUUUAUAAACCAUGAUAAGGAGCUUCUCGUACCUUUGUUUGAUAAGAUCCUUAGUGGGUGCACUGUGAAGAGGCUUCUUGCACUAGUCCCCAAGUUGGUUGAGCAGGGUCGUCUAAAAGCUGUGAGAACUACAAAUAUAACAGUGGAGGAAGCCAAAGGUGCAGCUGAAAUGAUGUUUGUAGGAAGCACGCUGCCUAUAUUGCCCAUCAUCACUUGGGAUGAACAACCCAUUGGAGAUGGGAAGGUAGGAGAAUUGACAAUGGCUCUCUCAGAUCUGCUUUGGGACGAUAUGGUAGCAGGCCCUGAGACGCAGAGGUUACCUGUUCCCUAUGUGUAGUCAAACCGAGUAUAAAGUUGACAGAGUGGUUUCAUCUUGCUUUUAGGUGCCUCAUUCUUGUUAUUCUUCUUGUUGCUUGUUUAAGCAAAGGCCUUCUCUGUCAUUGCCUUCUUUUUUUCCUUGAUGAGUAGGUGAAAAAGUUUUUAAUAAAACAUCCACGGUUUGGACACAUGGAAUUUAUUUAAAACAUCCUGGUAGCCACUUGUAAAAAAAAAGAAAAAAGGGUAUAUCCUGGUAGCCAGAAGAAGGAGAAACUGAACUGCUUGCUUUGCUGUAUUUGAAACUCUACGUUCCUGGCAGACCCUUUAUUCGUAUAUGUGAAAAGCAAUUGAUGAAAACAGCUUAUGUUUACUGAAUUAUGUUCAUGCAUCUUUUCUCUUCUUAUAAAUUUAGUCAGUCUAGGCACUUAAAUGAGGGGAAGAAAAGACAACACAAAGAAAGAUGUAUAGCAAUGAGCUUAUUUUGCGGAUGAAUAGAAUACAAGAUACAGAGGAUAGAUUGUUCAAUAAAAGAGAGACUACUAAAGACCACAGUUUGAAAUUUUCAAUAAACAGAGACAUGAAUUUUCUCAACUCUAGGGAUUUAUUCUCACUUCAACCCUUUUUUGUACCGAAAUCAUGAAGGGUAACUAGAAGAAUUUCUGUUCCCUGCUUGGAUCAAAACAGCCUUAAAAAUUACAGACAAGGAGUUAUACUUUGUAUAACAAGCACUUGGAUACAAUAAAAUAAGAGAAAUGAUAUUUGCAAUCAUAGAGUGCGCAAGCGACGCGCGCUCCUUUUAAAAAAAUUGAGUAAAUAUGAGAUCUACAUGAACAAAAUUAAUUUUUUAAUGGUGGACCUCACUUUUUUUAAAAAGAGUGUGCAACACUUACACAACCCAUGACUGUAUCUGAUAUUACUUAUAAAAUAAUAAAACUUAACUAACAUUACAAACUGGCACCUCAGAUCUAAUUAAGAAGAAGCAUUCAAACAUUGAUAUGUCGUUUUUUUUUUUUUUUUUUUUUUACAAAAGCGCGUUGCAUAAUCUCUUGGAAGAGAGUUACCAUACAUUGCAGCUGCCUACAUAGAUUAAAGCAGUUUUGCAAACAAAAUUAAGCAAGCAAUUGUAUACCAACAUUCCAAGACUAAAUAACCACUAAAGGUAAUACUUUCCAUUUAACUUGUACAAGUCAUAUUUCAAACAACCUUCUUAAACUCCAUAAGCUUGACACCAAAUCUUCAGAUCAAACUCCAAGUAUAUGACCAUUGCAAAGAUAAUCUUCCCAAAACGAUUCUUUCCCAUGAUUGCAAUAGUAUGUUAGGAUUCUAAGACUAAAUAAACACUUAAGGUAAUACUUUCCAUUUCAUUUAGCUUGUGUAAUUCAUAUUUCAAACAACUUCUUAAACUCCAUAAGCUUGAACCUCUGGAAAAUCUCAAACUCUAAGUAUAUGACAUUUCCAAGUAUCUUCUCAAAACCAUUAUUUUCCAUGACUGUAACAUUUUUCAUCUUCGGUAGGUUUUAUCUUAAAGGAUGACAAUGUAAUCUUAUAGUGCACUUCCAAUAAUACCACAGCUUGGUAGGUCUUAGUCUUGCCACCAUCAACAAGAUCUCUGGCCUCAAGGGUAUAAAACCCGAGUAUGUCGACAAGUUGAGACAUUGUUAUUACAGUCUUCACAAACUCCAACUCUACAUUUGCAUCCUUGAAGCGAUGGUUGUAUUCGUCGAUUGCAAGCUGCGAGUACAUCAACGU